CUCCACCUCUCCUCACCCCAUGUAGCACCAAGUCUUGGCAACAUGGUCUCGAUCCUCCAGUGCUGCCCUUUCCUGACCCGGGACCCUACCAACAUCUUGCGUAAAUUUCACCCCUUACUGGUCAGCAGUGUCCAGCGAUGCCCUGUGAUGGUGGCCCGCACCUUCUCCCUUUCUGUUGCUGACCUACAGCGUGAGAAGGAGACAGGUGGAGACACAGCUUCCACUCCACAGACGGUGCCUGCAGCUCUCCCCACCACCCAGUGCCCUUUUAUGGAGUCUCAGCGCCAAACUGGCCAGAGCUCCUUUGUGCAAGUGGCUAAACCUGAGGUCCAGGAGGAUGUCCAGCCUUCCAAGUCAGGUGUGCUGACCUCUCUUCUCAGAGAAGUUCACUCCAGCCUCAGGAGGAAGUUCUUUGACUCUGAGAUGGUGACACACUUCAUUCGGGACAACAUGACAGGGUGCAAUGCAUUUGAUUAUGAUGAAUUCUUUGGGGCAAAGAUUCAGGCCAAGAAGCAAGAUCAUACAUAUCGGGUCUUCAAGACAGUCAAUCGCCGGGCUGAUGCCUAUCCUUUUGCCGAGGACUAUUCAGCUUCCAUGGUCGAAUCACGAGAGGUGUCUGUCUGGUGCAGCAAUGACUACCUGGGAAUGAGUCGGCACCCUCAAGUGUUGCAGGCCAUCCAGGAAACACUGCAGGCUUAUGGGGCAGGAGCUGGAGGCACCAGGAACAUCUCUGGCACCAGCAAGUUCCAUGUGGAUCUGGAGCAAGAGCUGGCCAGUUUGCACGGCAAAGACGCCGCCUUGCUCUUCUCUUCUUGCUUCGUAGCCAACGACUCCACCCUCUUCACUUUGGCCCGCAUGAUGCCAGGAUGUGAGAUCUAUUCAGAUGCUGGGAAUCAUGCCUCCAUGAUCCAGGGCAUCCGUAACAGUGGGGUUCCAAAGUAUGUCUUCCGCCAUAAUGAUCCCAAACACCUGGAGGAACUCCUGAGCAAGGCGAAACCCGCCACCCCAAAGAUCGUUGCUUUUGAGACUGUGCACUCCAUGGAUGGGGCCAUCUGCCCGCUGGAAGAAAUGUGUGAUGUGGCACACCGGUAUGGAGCCAUCACUUUUGUGGACGAGGUCCAUGCUGUAGGGCUGUACGGUGCCCACGGCGCUGGCAUUGGCGAACGCGACGGAGUGAUGGGCAAAAUAGACGUCGUCUCUGGCACCCUGGGAAAGGCCUUUGGCUGUGUGGGUGGUUAUGUGGCCAGCACUGCUUCCCUGAUUGACACCGUGCGCUCCUACGCCGCAGGAUUCAUCUUCACUACCUCCCUGCCUCCGAUGGUGUUGGCCGGAGCCUUGGAAUCAGUCCGGAUCCUGAAGAGCUCUGAAGGGCAGGUGCUGCGCCGGACCCAUCAGCGCAACGUCAAGCACAUGCGCCAGCUGCUUAUGGAUGCUGGGCUGCCAGUGAUCAGCUGCCCCAGCCACAUCAUUCCCAUACGGGUUGGAGAUGCUGCCCUGAAUACCCAUCUCUGUGACCUGCUUCUCUCCAAGUAUAACAUCUAUGUCCAAGCCAUCAAUUACCCUACUGUGCCUCGGGGAGAGGAGCUGCUGAGGCUGGCUCCCUCACCCCACCACACCCCGCCAAUGAUGGACUACUUUGUAGAGAAGCUCCUGGCAGCCUGGCAAGAGGUGGGUCUGCCUCUACAGGCCCCGGCCUCCCCCGAGUGCAACUUCUGCCACCGCCCACUGCAUUUCACUCUCAUGAGCGAGUGGGAGCGGGAUUACUUUGGCAACAUGGGGCCUCAGUUCAUCACACUUUCUGCUUGAGGAACGGCCUCCGUGAAGACAAGGGCCGACGCUCCUAACCUGACAGGAAAAAGAAGACAAGAGGAUGUUGAAAGCACCAAUGAUGCGCUCAAGCCAAAAACAGGAAACCUAUAUGCAAUAAAGCUCUGGAACUGUC